AUGCCGGUCGCCAUUGCUUCUCAGGCCCAUGAUGCCGCCCUCAAGCGUCGUUUGGCGCUUGCUAGCUCGACUGGGCCAAUGGCUGCCUUCCAAAACCUCCGUGUUGUGGGUAUUUGCCUGUUUGCGUGUAUUGGCGGAUUGUUGUACGGUUACAACCAGGGUGUUUUCAGCGGUGUCUUGACCAUGACCUCUUUUGGCAACCACAUGGGUGACUACAUCCAAAACUCAACCAAAAAGGGUUGGCUUACCUCCAUCCUGGAAUUGGGUGCUUGGUUUGGUACUCUUUAUUCUGGUUUCGUUGCAGAAUCCUUUAGCCGAAAGUACGCGAUUUUGUUCAGCACCGGUAUCUUUAUUUUGGGUGUUGUUAUUCAGUGUACUGGUGUUACUUCGGCAGGGGCAAACUCAAUUUUGGCUGGACGAUUCAUUGUUGGUAUGGGAGUUGGAGCGUUGUCAAUGAUUGUGCCAAUGUUGAUAAUAGAUAACGCUGAGUGCGCUCCUCCUGAAAUUCGAGGUCUUCUCAUCUCUCUUCAACAAUUGUCAAUUGAAUUUGGUAUUCUCAUUUCCUUCUGGAUUGACUACGGAACCAACUACAUUGGCGGUACUGGAGAAACUCAGAGUGACGCAGCUUGGCUCGUCCCUCUCUGCCUCCAACUUGUCCCUGCAGUCAUCCUUUUUGUCGGAAUGAUCUUCAUGCCUUUCUCCCCCCGAUGGCUUGUGCACCAUGAUCGUGAAGAAGAGGCCCGUCGCGUUAUUAGAACGCUUCGUGGUAACGUCCCGAAUGCUGAUGAAGUCGUUGAGCUUGAAUUCCUUGAAAUCAAGGCUCAGUCUUUGUUCGAAAAGCGAUCUACGGCCGAGAAAUUCCCUCACUUGGCAGAACCAACUGUUUGGAACAAUUUGAAAUUGCAGUUUGUUGCUAUUGGUUCUCUAUUUACUUCUAUGCCUAUGUUUAAGCGAGUCAUAGUCUCUACAGUGACCAUGUUCUUCCAGCAGUGGACCGGUAUUAAUGCCGUGUUGUACUAUGCUCCUACUAUCUUCAAUGAUUUGGGCUUGUCUGGUAAUACCACCUCUCUAUUGGCCACUGGUGUCGUUGGUAUUGUCAUGUUCCUCACCACAAUUCCGGUAAUGUUCUACAUUGACCGAUUCGGACGUAAACCAAUCCUCAUCUCCGGUGCCUUGGCAAUGGGUUUCAACCAUUUGGUCAUUGCAGUUAUCUUCGCACGGGAUUCAAACAAUUGGCCAGACUAUCGCGCUGCAGGUUGGGCCGCUAUCGUCAUGGUCUGGCUCUUCGCUGGUAAUUUUGGUUGGUCUUGGGGUCCAUGUGCCUGGAUUGUUGUUGCCGAAGUUUGGCCACUCAGUGCUCGACCAUAUGGUAUCGCCUUGGGUGCUAGCUCUAACUGGAUGAACAACUUUAUCGUCGGUCAAGUCACUCCGGAUAUGAUUACUCAUUUGAAGUACGGUACUUUUAUCUUCUUCGGCGUUAUGAUCAUCCUGGGCGCGGGUUUCGUUUAUUUCUUUGUGCCUGAGACGAAGCAGUUAACUCUCGAGGAGAUGGAUGUUAUCUUUGGUAGCCAGGGUUUUGCUGCUGCGGAUCAGGAGAGACUUGAUCAGAUCUAUCGUGAGUUGGGAUUGACUGACCGCAUCAGUGAUACCGAGGCAGUUGAGGUGAAGGAGCACGACAUCAAGGCCGAGUAA